AUGGAGCAGAUAGAGGCUACUGUCACGGCUUCAACGGUUGAAAAUGCGAACUCCUUGAAAAGGAAGUCUGAUGAUAUUGGUUGGGAAUAUGGAAAGCUCGUCGAUCCAAACAACAAGGAUAGAGUCGUGUGUAACUUUUGCAAGAAUGUAAACUCAGGAGGAAUUAACCGUUUCAAGAAACACAUUGCUCAGGUUGGUGGUGGAGUUGCCAAGUGUAGGAGUUGCCCAGAUGAAGCUAAAUUGGCAUGCUUGAAAUGGUUGGAAGGAACAGAAAAGAAGAAGCAGGAUAAGGUUGUUCGUGAGCUAGGUUUGAGAAGUGAUGUUAAUGUCUCUUCCGGUGGACAACAGGAAGAAGACCUUACUUGUGCUGGUAGCUCUGAACCUCACAAGUUAGGUCCUAUAGACAAGUGGGCACGUGCCAUUGAUCCUAGCUUGUCUUCGAGUGCACAAUUUCAGCAACAAAAGAUAAAUCAAGCACUUUUUAAUGAGAGGACACUUCAAGUCCAUCAAUAUAUUGCAAAAUGGGUGUACACACAUGCUGUUGCAUUCAAUGCCAUUGAGAAUGAUGAGUUCAAGCAAAUGGUUGAGGCUAUUGGUCAAUUUGGUCCUGGAUUGAAGCCUCCUACACACUCACAAAAUUUCAAAGGAAACAAGGACUCUUUGGAAAAAAAGAUGGCAAAGAAUUGUGUAAACUUUUACUACAAUCCUGGUUAG